CCGGUAAAAUAACGUUUUUGGUCCCGGUUCCGGUGCCGGAAAAAUAGUUUGUAGUUCCGUCCCGGUCCCAGUCCCGGUAAAAUAAUGUCUUUUGUCCCGGUUCCGGUCCCAGUCCCGUCGGGACCGGAACCGGGACGGUCCCGCCCAUGUCUAGUUUUACCGUAUUCCGCUCAUACAUUUUUUAUUCAUUUAACUGAAGAAGAAUCGAAAACGUUCUUAAAUUGAAUAAAAAUAGACUACUGCAAACGGACAUUUUUUCAACGGUCUCGAUUCAGAUAAUACUCCGUCAAAGAUUUGUUUUUGUAGAUUGUACUUCCAUUCUCUGAAAAUACGAGCGAAAGAGUUUUACAAAGGUAAGAUUUCCAAAAACAACGAUUUAAUAGCGAAUGCUUCGGCGGUCCAUAUUUUAUAUUAGCAGAAAUUCUAAAAUUGUUCUCAUUUCCUCCCAGUGGUCUAGUCUGUCGAUCGGUUCUGUGAGCGAUAACAUAUAGUUGCGAUACCUUUUGUUACUCUUUUUCUUUUGUUUGAUGUUCACCAAUGGGAGAAUGUAGUCCAAAUUUUCUUCUUUUGAUGACUACUGUAUCACAUUUCUUGAAUAUUUUAUUUUCGACUAGUGUAGCAUAGAAGAAACCAAAUGAAAAGCACGGGAUUAUUUUCCGAGAGAUGGGUUUGCUCUACAAAUCUAUCCAUCCGAAAUAAAUCAAUAAAACAUAUGUAAAUAGAUACAGACUAAUAUCUGAGCAGGACUCGAAAAAAAUAGCGUAAAAAAACAAUCGUAUGGUAUAACGCAGUACCGAUUCCAAAAGGGGAUACUCUAGGCUAUCCAUUUAUAAGAAAUACUCAGAAUCGUUUCUAAGAGAAACUGAGUUUUAAUGACUUCAUCUGAUUAGUGUGACCGUCGUGAGUACAGUUAGGAAGCUUAUUAGGUUAUGUUCACACUAUACAACUUAAGUUCGCCUCAAGGCUGUAUAUCAGGCAAAAGUUAAGUCAUACUUGAAUGACAUUUUUUAUAUCGCUUAAGUGUGACAAAAGUUGAUUCAUCAAUCCUACUUUGUUAUUGGAUUACUUUAAUCGAGCGCUCAGUUUCGAAAUAUUCUUAGAGAGCAGUAUUAGCCUAACGUACUCCGAAGUUUAGAAUAACAAUUAACCUGAUACAUAUAAGAUGAGCAAAGAAUCAUCUUCACAGCUGUUAUCUACAAUUGGGAAAAUAAGUUUGAGUUAAGAAGAAUAUUCACACUACUAACUUAAGUAACCAGUCCUAUUUAACGUUAUCUUCUUUCAAAACUGAAUGUGAAAAAGUAUAGUGUGGAUAUGGCCUUAGAAAAAAUUGAUUCACUGAUGCUAAUGUAAAACUUUGAAAGCUGAUUUUAGUAAUCAACAGCUUAUAUAUUUUCUCCUUUCAGAUUGGUUCAUCAUGUCAACAUUAACAUUAAAAUCUUCGGUAGUAAAAGUUUCUCGUCGUCGUUCGUCUCCAAGUCCUACGUCAUCUCCACCUUCAAAUAAACGAAGACAAAGUCCUGAUUAUUAUCGACAACGUCCUCGUUCACCGAUUCCUAUUUCUCGUCGAAAUGAUGAGAGCAGUGAUGAAGAUGGUGAAAUUCCAGGACCAACACCACAUACUAUUCCAAAACCAACGACAACUGUUGGUCGAACAGGUGGUCUUUAUAUGCCACCAGCAAAAUUACGUUUAUUACAGGCGUCCAUUACUGAUAAAUCAAGUCAAGACUAUCAACGUUUAGCAUGGGAAGCAUUGAAAAAAACAAUUAACGGUCGUGUGAAUAAAAUAAACAUUUCGAAUUUAGUUUUGAUUGUUAGAGAAUUAUUUAAAGAUAAUAUUGUUCGUGGACGAGGAUUGUUGGCACGUGGUAUUAUUCAAGCACAAAUUGCCUCACCAUUUUAUACACAUGUUUAUGCAGCACUUGUUGCCAUUAUAAAUACAAAAUUUCCUCAAAUCGGUGAAUUACUUGUUAAACGUUUAAUAAAUACAUUUCGUCGAACAUAUCAACGAAAUGAUAAAACGAAUUGUUUAGCAUCAAUUCGAUUUAUUGCACAUUUAGUAAAUCAAAAUGUGCUCCAUGAAAUCGUUGCUUUACAAAUAUUAAUAUUAUUAUUAGAAAAUCCAUCGGAUGAUUCAUGUGAAUUAGCUAUUGGUUUUAUUAAAGAAUGUGGUAAAAAAUUAAGUCAGAUAUCUCCACGUGGACUCGAUAGUGUAUUUUCAACAUUAAGAAAUUUAUUACAUGAAUCAACACUAGAUAGACGUACACAAUAUAUGAUUGAAGUUUUAUUUGCCAUUAGAAAAGAUCAAUUUAAAGAACAUGCAAUUAUUUUGGAUGGUCUCGAUUUAGUUGAUGAACAAGAUCAACUAACACAUAUGUUAACAUUAGAUGAUCAAUGUGAUCCUGAACCAAUGUUGGAUGUUUUCAACUAUGAUCCAGAAUACGAAGUAAAUGAAAACAAAUAUAAAGAAAUACGAAAACAAAUUUUAGAUGAAUCAGACGCUGAUGAUGAUGAUGAAUCGAGUGAAGAUGAAAAUGGAAAUGAAAAGAAUGAAGAAGAAGAAAGCGAAGAAGAUGAAGCAGAGAGUAAGGGUAUUCGAAAAUGUCUAGUGUACUUGUUAAACUAUGUUUUUAAUUUUCCAGAAGAAAAACAGCAGACAAUAAUUGAUCAAACCGAAACAAAUUUAGUAACACUACGACGAACAAUCUAUUUAACUAUUCAGUCAAGUGUUGGAGCUGAAGAAUGUGCACAUAAAUUGUUAAAAAUGAAUUUAAGACCAGGACAAGAGAUGGAAUUAUGUCAAAUGAUUUUGGAUAGUUGUGCUCAACAACGCACUUAUGAACGAUUUUUUGGUUUAUUAGGGCAACGUUUUUGUUUAUUAAAAAAAGAAUAUAUUGAAUGUUUUGAAAAAGUAUUUGAAGAUCAAUACGAUAUUGUUCAUCGUUUAGAAAAUGUUAAACUACGAAAUGUUGCUAAAUUUUUUGCACAUUUACUAUACACAGAUGCCAUUUCAUGGGGGGUGUUACGUUGUAUUCGUUUAACCGAAGAAGAUACCACUUCAUCAAGUCGUGUAUAUAUAAAAAAUUUAUUUUUAGAAUUAGUUGAAUUUUUGGGUUUAACAAAAUUGAAUAAUCGCUUAAAAGAUCCAACGUUGACAGAAUAUUUUGAAGGCAUAUUUCCACGUGAUAAUACCAAAAAUACAAGAUUUUCUAUUAAUUUUUUUACUUCUAUUGGCCUCGGUGGACUAACUGAUGAACUGCGUGAUUUUCUUCGUACAAAUACAAAUAUCGUCCAAGAUCAACAACAGCAACAAAUAUCACAUGUGGAAGAUGACGAUGAUGAUGGUGAUGUACUUGAAUUUCAUCGAAAAUUACAGCAAAUGAAAAUGGCUGCUACUGCUCGCAGUGAACAAGAAAAUUCACCAAAACCAAAACGUUCACUAUCACCUCAACGAAAGAAAAAAAGUGAAAAACAAUCAUCACGAACAACAAAGAAAGUAUCCCGACACGAUGAUCGACAAAAGACGAAACGACGACGAAAAUCAGUGUCAUCAUCAAGCUCAAGUUCAAGCUCAAAUUCAUCACCAUCACCAUCACCAGAACGACGAAAGAAGAAAAAAGACACGAGUACAAAACGACAUGAACCAAGACGAAGAUAA